AUGGCAUCAACGCGCGCGGACGGGAUGGAAACCCGUCGCGUCGCGCGCGGCGGUGUCGGGAAGGGGCGCCGAAGGAUUGCGAAUGCGAUUUCGUCGUUGUCGUCGGACGCGGACCCUCGGACGGUUCAAAAUCGGAGGCGCAGCGCGCGCGCCGCGAUGCCGCCGCCGACGCUGCACGGCAAGCUCACGCAGUACCGCACGCCCGCCGGCGACGCGCGAUGCGCGUUCAUCUCCGGGACGUCCUCCGACGACGGCGGCGUCGCCGUCUACCUCGGCGGCCUCACCGACGGCCCGAUGGCAUCGCCGUACGCGCUCGAGCUCGCGGCGACGCUCGAGGCGCGCGGAUGGGCGCUGUGCCAGCCCGUCCUCUCCUCCUCCUACCUCGGCUUCGGGGUGUGCUCGCUCGAGACGGACGUCGCGGAUCUCGACGCGAUGCUCGAGCAGUGCCUCCCCGAGGAGUCGGACUGGGAAGAACGCGCGAACGACGCGGCGGCGAACGACGCGGACGGCGCGACCGCCGCGCGGAGGAGCCGACUGCUCCUCGUCGGGCACAGCACGGGGUGCCAGGACGUCGUGGCGUACCUCAAGAGCGGCGCGCACCGCGCGCGGGUCGUCGGCGCGAUCCUCCAGGCGCCGGUGAGCGACCGCGAGGCGAUGGUCAUGGAGCACGGCGCGGACGCGAUGGCGGACGGCGUGCGACUCGCGAGAGAGAUGAUCGAAGACGGGAAGGGCGAGAUGCUCAUGCCCAGGCACGCGCCCGGGGUGUUCCGCACGCCGAUCACCGCGUCGCGGUACCACUCCCUCGCGGGACGGAUGACCCCGGACGACGUCUUCAGCAGCGAUCUGAGCCCGGCGGAGCUGGAGACGCAGUUGGGUCACAUGCGGACGGCGAACGGCGUGAGAGGCGAAGAUGAUUUCGGCGUGCCGCUGCUGUGGGCGUUUAGGCGCGUCCUCCUCAGCACAUCACACCGCGGCGAAGACGAGUACGCGCCCGCCGCGGUGAAGGCAAACUACGAGGCGUUGGCGUCGCGGAUCGCCGCCGCCGCCGGUCGCGGCAUCGAGAGCAACCGAGCGGUGAUCAUCCCGGGCGGCGGGCACUCGCUGCGGCAGCCCGGGGCGAGGAAGGCGUUCAUCGAGCACGUGGAGAGCUUUUUCGACGAGUGGCUCGCGUUUCCGGGCGUCGGCCCCGCGGCGGAAUUCGCGGCGUCUUCGGCGGCGGCGUUACGCUGGGGCGUGGAGCGGUUGGAGGCGCGGAUGCAGAGCGAGCUGCGGGCGAGCGAGCUGAGGGCGCAGGAGCUGUUGGAGAGGGAGGAGAGAGAGGAGCGCGAGAAGGAGCGGCGAGAUCACGAGGCGUCGAGACCGCAACCGCAACCGCCCGAGGAAGAAGCCGCCGCGUGA